AUGUUCGUGAAGCGGAAUUAUGGGAAAAAUCACGGUCACGCAGGAAAUGGCGGACGGGGCAGUGGCGUCUCGGAAGGUGCACGAGGCAGCGGCGUCUCGGAAGGCAGAAGAACGUUCAGGUAUAAGUGUCACAGAUGCCGAAAAGUAGGCCACAAGGCCGCUGAAUGUCCAGACAAAGGUAAGACUGUUGCCAAUUCUUACAAAAGUGAAGCGAACUGUUCCGAACACGUGGGACUCGUUACCGCGGAAUGUUAUCAUGUUGAACAGAAUCACAAAAGACUGAAAUGGUGUCUAGACAGUGGCGCAACGUCUCACUUAUGUAAAGACAUUAGUUGUUUUUCUGACUUUGAACGUAGACAUGAUCAUUUGAAUUUAGCAAAUAGUGAAUUUACGGACAUUAAAGGUUCCGGAACAGCUACGUUUGUUGCUGACGUUUUUGGCGACACGAAAAACAUCUCGCUCCACAAAGCUUUUCAUGUUCCCGACCUAAGAGUAAACUUACUUUCUGUUGCAAAGAUUACCGAUAAAGGAUUUGAAGUUUUAUUCAAGAAAGAAAAUGCUUUGAUCUAUGAUAGUAAUGGUGAUAUAAAAGUUGUAGCCGAUCGUAGUGGCGAUUUAUACUACGCGAGAGAAGGCGAAGCGCAGAAUAAAUCAGCUUUCAUUUCGACCAUGAAUUCUAAAAAUCUAUCCCCAGUUGUCGAGAACGAAAAUCCAGAACAUGAAUCUCCUACAACGGAACAAGAAGAGCCCGAGGUUGAUCACGAUUCUGAGCCACCCAGGCGUGCCCGCGGGAGACCCAGAAUUCGGCGAACUGGUUCGAGGGGAAGACCUAGAAAGAUAUACAGGUUUGGGCAUACUUCGCAAAGAUGCUCAAAUUCUGAGAUAUGUAUAUGCGGACGACCCAAACAUGAUACAACACCUUGCGACACACCUAUGCAUUGCGUUAAUUGUGAAGGUGAACACGCAGCCAAUUCAAGAGCUUGCCCUAAGAUGAAGGAGGAAAUAGCGAUUCAAAAAGUUAGGACUAUGGAAAAACUGAGCUAUCUAGAAGCAAAGAAAAAAGUAAUCAGGCCCAUUCCUCAAAAAUCCUACUCCGAAAUUGCGGCGACCACAAGUACGUCAAUUAAUAAUAUAAUACAAGAGUUAUUACCGCAAUUAACUAAGUCUAUUGAGAGUAAAAUAAAAGAAACCCUGGAUAACAUAAUCAGUACCAAGAAGCAUAAUUUUAAUACUAAUUCCUUCUUACCUCCCGGUCAAUAUUUUUCUGAUACAUCUACGCAACCUUCUGUAGCCGAAAAAAGGAAGCGUACCAGAACCCGAACAAGGGACGAUGAUACCGAUGAAAGUGUAUCAUCACAUAUCAGUGAAGCAUCAACUUCUACUAAAAAGAAAAGAGGCUGGCCGAAAGGGAAACCCAGGCGGCCUCCCAACUUCGCAAGAAGUGAUCAAGAAACUGAAGCCAGUCAAACUACUGACCUUACCAUUGAGAUAUAG